GUUUCCUACAGCUAAAAAGUUAUAACAAGAUAGCCCACAAUGAAUGCUGUUGUCGGUAACAGAAUUGCGGCUCUCGUCGCAAACGGCCGCAUGAGGGAUGAAGGAGACGUCAACGGUGUCUGGAACACCAUUUUGAACCUGUACUUCCCUAAUCAUGCCCUCGACUUCGUGGCCGCCCCCGAGGUGCCUCCCACUGCCGGUGGAAGCGACAGGGUCGACUUGCUCAUCCGCCACUACACAUAUGCCGGGAACAAUACCCAUGUCAUCGACGAUGUCCCCGUACUCCUGUUUGAAGGCAAAAGGGCCACAGGCGACAACUUCGACGAAGUCCGCAGUCAGCUGGUGCGCUACCUCGACAGCCCGGGCAAACAGUACGACACGUGCUGGGCGAUCGGCGCCCGGGGAACACAAGUCAAGUUCUAUCGCUAUGUGCACAACAGGCGCGAUCCCAAGAUGCGGCCGUGGAAGGUCAGCAACCGCGGAGUGCCCGAGGAGGUGGACAUAGACUCGCGGGACUCGUAUGUCUUCGAGGUCACGCAGUGGAAUGACGCCGACCACACGAAAUCGUUCGUGCCGAUCAUCGAGUAUAUGAAGGCCCAUCCCAAGGCGCCCGCGACGUAAAGUCGACCUGGGAGAGUAUUGUCAGCCGAUAGCUUCAUGCAGUUGAUAUGAGUUGUGUAUGAUUAUGUGAAAGAUACGAUGUAACUGUACCAAUAGCCAUCAGCGAAAAAGAUACUUCAAUGUGACUUUCAA